AGACGGGGUGACAAAGAAGAACUUGAUUUCAUUCUUCAGCCAUUGGUUUCUGCGUUGGAUGACCUGAUCAUCUGCAACAUGUUGACAGAAGAGGACUUUUGCUUUAAACACCGGUCCCGCUGCUGCAGGGGUUCCUCCCCGGCCCUUCCACCCGCUCCUCUUGUUUCCAGGGGGACGGUGAGGGUUGGGACGUGCAGUGGCCUAGCUGCUUCCCUGGGCAGCGGGAGGUUUAUUUCGUAUUUAUAAUACUACAUGAGACUGGAAUAAUGUUGACAAUACGAUCAAGUUCACACUGCUUAGCACAAGUGUUGAAAACAAAAGUGGCACAAGAGAGAGCUAUUUCACUAUGCCCUGUCCAUGGAAACAUACACAAGCUGUCUUCUGUCCAUGAAGUUUCUAAAUUCAGCACAAAGAAGCUUGUCAGUGUUAUUUAUCCAUUAAAAAUCUUGGAACAGUACCUGGUGAAGAAUGUAAAUAAAAUGAACUUCCAGAUGUUUAAUCCAAGUUUUCAGGAUAUUGCUGCUGCAGAACAAUUCUUCAUGCCUUCAAGAAAGCACAGUAUAGAUUAUUUCACCUCUGCUGUCAGGAUUGAUCAUGCACCAGUGACAUCCCAACCAGAGGUGUGUUUUAUAGGAAGGAGCAAUGUUGGAAAGUCUUCAUUGAUAAAAUCGUUGUUUUCUUUGGUUCCUGGAAUUGAAGUUAGAGUUUCAAAAACUCCUGGGCAUACAAGGAAAAUGAAUUUCUUUAAAGUGGGAAAAGCAUUUACUGUGGUGGAUAUGCCUGGUUAUGGGUACAAGGCACCUUCUGAUUUUGUGGAAAUGGUGGAGAUCUAUCUUCAAGCAAGACAAAACUUAAAGAGAACAUUUUUAUUGUUGGAUGGAUCAAUAGGAAUCCAACAAGCGGACCAAGUAGCAAUUGAGAUGUGUGAGGAGUUUGGAAUUCCAUAUGCUAUAGUAUUAACAAAGAUUGACAGACCUCAGCAGGGCAAUCUGUUGAAGGUGAUUAUGGGCGUACAAGAAGUGAUAGAGAAGCAGACUUUGGGGUGUUUUCCUCAGCUGUUCCCUGUGAGUUCUUUGAACUACUCUGGAAUUCAUCUUUUAAGAUGCUUCAUUGCACAUGUAACUGGAAAUCUUCAGAUUAAUAAGGAUAUCUCCAAUUUGUCAUCAACAAUGGAAAGUUCUGAAGGGAUAUGAAAAUUGAAAGUCACCAUAACAAGACUGAAGUUAAGCACUGAAUUCAUUCAACUUACCUGUCGAAUCGAGACUGCAAACCUAAGAUUUAACCCAAUUAUGAUGCUGUGUAUGUAAAUUAAUAAGAAUUAUUACAAAAUUUUUCAUCCUGUAUUGUGUACAGACUGUUGAUACGCCUGAUGGUAAAAUCAGUUACUCUUGGUCUAAAAUCGACCGAGCAUUAAAAAUCAUAGAUUUCUAUAUGUAAUUACUCCAUUCUGGCCGGUUCGGUUACCAUAAUUGUAAAUAGAAAUUAUUUUUAUGGUGUCCUGUGGAAGCGUGGCUUGUUUUGAUUGAAAGCCAUUUCCAUCAUAAUUGAUCAGUUUUAAAACUGCUGUUGCUCUUCCUGUUGGUUGGCUGCACCUAGUGUCCAGUUUCAAACACCGUGGUGGUAUCAAUAGUAUCUCGUGUGAAAGUUUUGCUCUCUUUCCCUUUGACCCCAGAACUAUCCGGUAGGUAAUAUCCGUGCGCACUUUUAAUGCUGUAUGUUUGUGGCAUAUUUAGUUCUAUAGUUUGUGUAACUUGGAGCAAAUGUUUGGUUGAAUUUUUUACUGUUUGUAAA